GAGGAGAGAGAGGAGAGAGAGAUGGGUGUUUUUCCACGGAGCUGAGAUAGAGAACCGCGGAGACAGGGAGAUGUGACGGUUCCAGGAGUCGCGGUGGAAUGAUUCGGAAAACAAGGUCUCUAGGCAGCCCUCCAUCUCUCCGGCUUACUCCCAAACCUCCACUCUCUGCACCGCCCUCCAAGGUCAUCAAUGAACAAGUAAUUCAAUGUGGGAGAACAAACGCGGAUCACACCGCGUAGAGUGCAGAGAGCCCCAGUGACACACCCUGGAAAUCACUCCGGGAAGUGGGGGAUGAGAGAAAGCGGAGGGGGGGGGGACUGAAUGUGUAAAAGAAUGAAGCAAUAGAAGACAGCCACAGAGCCAGAUGAACAAAUAAGAAGCAAUGGGGAUGUAUGAGUGAGGGGGGAGGAAUAGAAAAGGAGAGAGGGAGCGAAAGAAGGUGGGAAGGAAGGAGGAGGAGGAAGGGGGUGAGGAGGGGAGGUGAAGAUCGCUACUGACUCCAGGAUUCCUAUUCUCUGUUGACUGGACUGCUCCACAUAUAGAGAGAAGUUGAAUACGGCCAUGAGGAAAUCAUAUGAAAACACCAUAAAUAGGAUUUCAAGCGAAGUGGAUUCUUGGAUUUCUUCUCAAACUGAGGUCUCUAUUUCGGAAUACCACACCAGGAUUGAGCGAGUAAUUCAGGAUUUUCCAGGUUUUCUUCAUCUAUAGAAGCCUAAGAGGAUAUUGUGGGAUUGGAAUUUCUGCAACUCUCUGGUUUUCUGACACUGACCUACAUCCGCCUCCUUUUGAUGUGCGUGGGGGCAUCUGUGUGUGAAGGGGAGUAGGACAGGUUUCAGCACAAACACACAAUAAGCCCCCCCAAUCCUUCCCCACCUCCCCCCACUGGCCCACCACGAGGAGAAACACCUGGGGCGAGAUCUGUGCUUAACACUCACACACAUACACACAAACACAAACAAACACACACACACACACACACACACACACACACAAACCUGGAUAACAUGUGGAGCUGAUUUGGAUUAUAGAGCCGCACAGACGGAAAAGGUCUGUGGAUCGCCAGGCGUUCUACCAUGCCUGUCCCCCCACCCCUCAAUCCCCGCAGACAAAAACACCUGCCCCACACACACCUCCACCCCGAACAAAGGGCAGACCAUUCCGCCUCCCCCUCCCUCUUCCCUUCAUCCAUCCUCUCUCUUUCUCUUCUGCCGCCUCUCUUCAUCUCAUCUCUGCCCUCCUCAUCCCAUCUAGUCCACUGCGCGUGCCCAAGGGCCACAAAAAGAACCCUUCCUGACUCCAUCCCUUUCCCGGCGUUUCACUGGCUGACUCUGGUCACAUGCUGCCUGCUGCCUUCUCUGAUUGGAGCAGGGGAGACGUGGGGUGUGGUCUCAGCCUGUCCCUUCCACUGCGUCUGUCGAAACCUUUCGGAGUCGCUCAGCACGCUCUGUGCCGACAAGGGCCUCCUGUUUGUCCCCCCGCACGUUGACCGGCGCACCGUGGAGCUGCGACUGGCUGACAACUUUAUCACGGAAGUAGGUGGGAUUGACUUUGUCAACAUGACCGGAUUGGUUGAUUUGACUCUGUCGAGGAAUACCAUCCACCUGAUCAGACCAAUGGCCUUUGCUGACCUGGAGAGUUUGCGCUCCCUGCAUCUGGACGGUAAUCGCUUGACAACACUUGGACCCAGGGACCUUGCAGGAUUGGUCAAUCUACAACACUUGAUCGUCAACAACAACCAGCUGGUCAAAGUCUCUGUCCAGGCCUUUGAUGACUUCCUGAUGACGCUGGAAGACCUUGACAUGUCCUACAAUAACCUCAGGAGAGUACCAUGGGAGUCGAUUCAGAACAUGGCCAGUCUGCACACUCUCAACCUGGACCAUAACCUGAUAGACCACAUAGCGGAAGGAGUCUUUGGAGAGCUGUACAAGCUUGCGAGACUGGAUAUGACCUCCAACAGGCUCCGAACACUGCCUCCUGAUCCUCUAUUUGCAAGGUCCCAGACAGGAGCAAUAAGUCCCACUCCUUAUAAUGCUGUCAUAAGCUUGAAUUUUGGUGGAAAUCCCCUGCACUGCAAUUGUGAACUGCUAUGGUUACGGCGGCUUAUCCGUGGGGACGACAUGGAAACAUGUGCUACACCUCCUCACCUGGCUGGAAGAUACUUCUGGUCGAUUCCUGAGGAGGAGUUCACCUGUGAACCACCUCUCAUCACCCGUCACACUCACAAGCUGUGGGUGCUGGAGGGCCAGAGAGCCACGCUAAAAUGCCGUUCCAUUGGCGACCCUGAGCCAGUAGUCCACUGGGUUUCACCAGAUGACCGCAUCAUUGCCAAUUCAUCCCGGACGAGCUCCUUCAGCAAUGGGACCUUGGAUAUCUUAGUAACGGUUGCCCGGGAUGACGGGGCAUACACAUGUAUCGCAAUAAACGCAGCGGGCGAAGCGACAGCCACUGUGGACUUGAAAAUAAUCCCUCUUCCACACCGGGGCGGAGCAGGUGGAAACACAGGGAAUAACAAUGUCAACACCAAAAACAACAGGAAUGUGACCAAUGGGAUUUUACGGACCGAUCCAGGCUCCUCGGAUAUCAGCACGGGGAAAAACGGAGGGAUUAACAACGGCGCAGGACGUGGAGGAGAGGUUGAGGAUGGCAGAGGAGGUGUAGGGGAGGACGAUGAUGGGGACAGUAGCAGGGCCUCCGAAGGGGAGAGGGUCGAUGGAGGCAGCAUGGAGGACGACGAGGGGGACGAGGAGGAAGGAAGGAUGGUUGGAGUACAAGGGGUUACAUCAACCUCAGCUCAGGUGCGAUGGGAUUUGGGGCGUUUGUCUGCAGCUUACGUUGUCUGGAUGUAUCAGAUACAGUACAACUGCACCGCCGACGAGACCCUCAUCUACAGAAUUCUACCAUCAACCAGUGACCGUUUCCUGUUGAAGAACUUGGUCUCAGGUGUGGACUAUAACCUGUGUGUGCUGGCCAUUUUUGAUGACACAGUUACAUCAUUAGCAGCAACAAAAGUCCUGGGCUGUGCCACGUUCUCCACCAAGGAUGUUUACCCAGCCUGCCGCUCUCUCCAAGCCCAUUUCCUGGGCGGGACGCUGACCAUAUUGGUUGGCGGUGUUGUUGUCGUCACCCUGCUCGUGUUCACUGUGGCGCUUAUGGUUCGCCACCGUGUCUGCAAUCAUGGCGACCACAUGAUAUGCCAUAAUGGCAACACUGAGGCAGGAGGCGGGGCCUGUUGUCAGGGUGGAGGCGUAGGGGGCGGGGACAAAGGGGGAAACAGUAGUGGGUGUUACCAAUCUAAUGGUUCUGGGGACAUGAUGAUGGUGGUCCUGCCCAAUGGUCUGCCAUCUAAGAGAGGAGGGGAGAAGGACAAGGAGAAGGACAAAGACAAAGAGAAGGAGAAGGAAGACGCUGAUUCUGCUUCCUCUCUGCCUCCAAAACUCCCUCCAAAGCCCAGGCCCAAGCCUAAAGUCAACCUGGAGCAGUUUCUUUCAGCUGGGGGGGUUGUUUCCACAACAACAGGGGCAGGAAGUGAGAUGGCAUUGGUGGUGAGGCAAAGGAAGCUGGAGAAGGCGCCGCCAUACACCCCUGAAAGUGACAGAACUCCCCUCUACUAUUCCCCUUCCCCUUCAUCCACCCUGCCCCGUCAGUCACACUCCAGGGAUCGCCCAAAACCCCGUCUGGAGCGAGAACUGACCAAUCGUGCCAGUUUCUCUCUGGCUGCACCCCUAAGAGACUCAGAUUUGUUGGACUGGAGAAUCAGUCCCCGAGGCAGGGACAAAUGGAACUCCUCACAGGCUUAUCAGAGCCCCCUGUCCCCCCUAAGCCCUGCUUGUGGGACAGUUAGCAAACGGCGGCACUCGCUGGAUAUGGGCUCCUCUGUCGCCCUAGCGACUGAUGCUGCUGCAACUGUUGCCAAGCGCUACGGUGCCGUGAAUUAUGCCAAGCGACUGAGCGUGAUCUGGACGAGGCGGAGCCAGUCUCUCCAUGGAAUGCUGGUGCAGUGCGCUUCUACGACAAGCACAACGUCUUCGACGACCAGUGACGAGACUGAAAGCGGUGCCGGCUUUGGGGCUCGCUGUGAGUUCCAGCGGGGAUACAUUCACGCUUAUAACACCACCAAUUCCAACUCUAACGCUGGGAUUUCUACCGGGAAAGCAAGCAGUGUACAAGACAGGGGGAGACAAACAGGGAAGGACGGAAGGAGUGCUGAAGAACUGGAGGAAAGUGUUGUGUAGGGGGAUCUGGAAUGUAAAGAAAAAAGUAAGAGGGACAAAGGGUGUGUGAGACUGUUUGAAUGGGAUCUUGAUUUGAAGGGGGCAAAGAGUUGGAGUCAGGGGAGAAACUGAGGGAGCACGAUAGGGAAGAUGAAGUGAUUGCAGAUGAGGAGGGGGAGGUUGUGAGUUUAGACGAAGGGACGAGAGUAAAAUUGAUUAGAGUCUCACUUGUGCUGCUGCUGCAAAAAAAAAUAAAUAAAUAAAAAAAAAAGGAAGUGAGGGGUACCUGGAAGUCAGGUGAAGAUUUUUAAGAGGCUCCUCAAGCUGACCUGAAGAGUGAUGGGCGGAAAAAUAAGUGUGGAGAGGGAUGUGAGAGGAAAAGGGAAAAGUGGGAAAAUUAUAAUAGUUGUGUGUUUUAAAAUGGUCUUUAAUAACUCAAAGCUGAACUUAAGAUGUAUCGGUUAAUAUUAAGUGAUACAAGAUAGGAAAAAAAGUGACAACACAAAAACACAACUCAGAGAAAUCACGACAAAGAGAGUGACAGCUGUAAGAACAGACAAUGUCAGUGAUAUAUAUAGGCACAAAGGGAGAGACAUAAUCAAACAGGGGAACACAUCAAUAGAGCAACAGAACAAAGGUUAUACAGCAGAGACAGAGAUGGCGUGAGCUCAGCAUGGAUCUCAGUAAAGCCUUUACACUAAUAGAACCAGACUCUUGCUAACACUUCAACUCUCCAGGGCCUCAGCCCCCACAACACCACGAGGGUUUACACUGGAUCAAAAACAACAACACAACCGGUAAUACUGGAGAGACACUCCUCUCUGACAGAAAUACAACAGUAAUAAAAAUAAAAUAAAAUAAAAAAUAAAAAAGCAGAAGAUUUGGAUGACAUAGUCCUGCUUUGUUAUCUUGUUUUUGACUCCAACACUGAUGGCCAUUUUGAAACUCUUUUUCCAAAACACAAUGAAUGUGACUUUUAUGUGUCCUCUGUGGCUGGACAAUGAUUUUGGCUUGCCGUGCCUGCGGAUUAUGGCAGCAUAAAUACAGAGCCGGGUGCAUUGGACAUGAUCAAUCGAUACCGGCUGGAAAGAGUGAGUGCAGCACAGACAUUAUUAAAAGAAAGACAUUGGGAUUACAAUGGAGUCGAUAUGGAUUACAAAAUGGAGGAGACAGGGAUGCAGGAUGGAACAUAUGUGCGUGUGCAUUUCUGAAAGACAAGAUCUUACUGGAUGUCGGAUGAUAAUGGACCAAACAAAUGAAUAAUGCUAAUGGAUGCAUAAGUGUGCAUGCAUUGACGGAUCAGGGACAGGAUGUGCAUAUGUGUGCCUGUGUGUUGUUAGUGUGCACACAUGUAUAUGAAUGUUUGUGAGGGGCAAUCCAGUCAACCAGACUCCAUUUGUGUUUAAUAAGGUUUAGCGCUUUCUGGACAUGCUGUAAACGGAAUAAAUGUAAAAAUUUGAGAUUUGCGGUCCACCCAAAGUGAAGUUAAAAGCGAGUAAAUCGCUAUUUCCAGCAAUGUAGCAUGGUCAGAAAGCAGCAAGCAUUACAGGGGGAAUUUCAAAUUCAUUUUUUGUGACUUCAGACUCCUUUGUGCCACAUGGAUUCACUUUAAAUCCAAACAGUGAAUGUUUUCAGAAAGGAAGCAGAUUCAAAAAAAAAAGACAGAACCCCUAUGGAAGUAACUAAUGACAUAAACUCUUCAAGACUUUGUAAAACUUAAUAUGGGAUGACUGAUCCAAUGGCACACACCACAGAGACUCUUAAAAACUUCUAUCAAAGAGAAAAAAUGAAAAGAGAAAACUUGAAAGUACAUAUAUAUAGUAUAUAUAUAUAAAAUGAUGUUACUUGUCGCACCAUGUGUUUCUGUUUUUCAAAGUUUUCUGGGGAAUGAUGUUAGGAUCAAAUACAAAAAUAUAAAAACGUGUGAUUUUUUGUUUUAGGCAAAAAAUCUUCAUGAUUAGAACAUAAAAAAAUGUUGAUUAUAACUAGGCAGAAAAAGAUCAAAACAGAUAUUGAAGAAGCACACACAGCACAAAACACACUAACUGGCAAGCACACACACCCCAAAAGAUAGACAUACACAAACAGAUGCCUAUAAAACAGAGCCAACUACAUUAAUAACAAUGACUUUAACCAUUACUGUUGUUUCCUUUCUGUUUUUAUUUCAUUUUGCCAAAGUCAAUAUUGUUCUCUGGACUUGAUAUAAAUAAUAAAAAUUACAUGUAUGGAACAGAGAUGGACUCAUUAACACAAGGGAGGAAGUUGUUUGUCAUUUGUGUUUGCCAUGUGUUCACGGAUGUUGCAUAAAAGUGUGUAUGUGUAAAAAGGAUUU